AUGCCUGGCAGCUCUUGGUAUCUUACUGUAGCACUGGGACUGGCCUCGUUGGUUGACCCGGCUGCUGGUAGACUUCAUACCGACCUCCGACGACCAUCUCCAAAACAAAAUCAUGAUAGUAGAAGAGAGCUCUAUCGGGGACUGGGUCAGAAGUUGAAUGAUCGAGAUAUUGUGCAUGAACGCAGCUUGGCCAAAGCCGGUUCUUGUCUUGAGUCUAACUUCACCGAAAUUCAUGCUCCGAAGAAGAACAUUUGGACAGGGCUCACAGACCCUGAGGCUGCAAGUGUCCUAUCCUGGCUGUUCCAACAGUCUGAUUUGAAUUUGACAAUUGCCAAAGAUGCUGGAGACUGGGACAAUACUAUUGAGCUUGUUGAGCUCAUGCAGCCAAACAAGACCAACUCGCUCAAUUUCAUCGACCAUGGUGGUAAAGCUCCACCUCGAUAUGCCCAUGUAGUCAUUGAUCACCGAGCAAGUGUUGAGCCUUAUUAUGCGGACAUCCUUGUUGGACCUCUGCCCCUUGUGAAUGGAAAGGCACAAUGGGAGCCGCUCGAGUAUCCAUAUACUCGUAAAACACAAGGAAGGGUUCGAAAUGUCGAACCAGACAGUACUCUGAUGUAUAACACAUGGUUACUGGGUAUCAGUAGCUCAGUCGCUGACAUCACCCUCGAUCUUUGGAACGGCACUGCCCUCGGUCUGGACAAUGACACGAUCGGACUCUGGGGAAUCGAUCCUCUAUCACAAGAGAACGGCCGGAUCCUUCGUUGGGAUCAAUUUUGGCAUGAGCCAACUGGUGAAUUCGAUUCUUCAACUUUGCUUCCUCUGGGGUUGUAUGUGCAUUCGGACGUUACCGGACGAGAUGCAUCAAAAUGGAAGGUUUUAGGAUGGUUAUACAACGACAUUUUCUACCCAACGCUUGAAGACUUCCGAAACGCCUUCUACAGUACUGGCUUUGAGAAGCUUGGGGCAAAUACCGACGGCGCUUGGGCACACACUGAUCAACGAGGAAAGAUUCUGCCGCAUGAUCGAUCAUAUCCCCCAGUUUCUGUUGCUCCCUCGGGAUCAAGAUUCGCGGUUGAUGUGGAACAGAAGUAUGUCGAAUGGAUGGACUUUUCCUUCUACAUCAGCUUCUCUCAUGACGUCGGAAUGACUCUUCACGAUAUUCGAUACAAGGGCCAGCGCAUCCUGUACGAGCUGGGAUUGCAGGAGGCUCUUGCCCACUACGCCGGAAAUGACCCUGUGCAGUCCAUGACAUCUUAUCUUGAUACUUACUACGGUUUUGGGCCCUAUGCAUUCGAGUUGGCCAAGGGUUACGACUGCCCAUCUUAUGCAACCUAUCUCAACAGUACAUUUUACCAAGAUGAGACAACUCACACGCACAUCCAUAGUAUUUGUCUCUUUGAGUAUGACUCCGAUUAUCCGAUGCAACGCCAUAGUAGCAGUAACUAUGUGUCUAUCACGAAGAACGUCUACUUCACGGUUCGCUCUGUCUCCACGGUGGGCAACUACGAUUACAUGUUCAGUUACUCUUUCUACAUGGAUGGAUCAAUCGGCGUUGAAGUGCGCGCUUCUGGAUACAUCCAGUCGGCUUACUACGCCCACAACGAGGAGUUCGGCUACCAUAUUCACGACGCACUCUCGGGCUCGAUGCAUGACCAUGUGCUCAACUUCAAGGCUGAUUUCGAUAUUCUUGGACUGAACAAUACGAUCCAGUUGACGCAUCAAGUCCCAACCACCCAGACCUUUGCGUGGUCCAAUCAAACCCGCAAUACGAUGAAGAUUAAGCACUCAAACAUUGAGAGCGAGGAUGAAAGCCGAUUCAACUGGGCUGCAAAUUCCGCGACCCAGGUAAAAGUAGUUAACCUGGACAAAACUACCCCCUAUGGCGAAUAUCGGGGAUAUCGAAUUUCGCCCUCGACAGGAAGCAUUCACCUCACUGUUGAGAACUCGACCAAUCUUCGCAAUGCCGCCCAGUGGGCCGACUAUGAUAUUCAGGUUACGAAACAUCACGACACAGAGCCCCGGUCCGCCCACUCCAAAAAUUCUCAAGAUGUGGAAGACCCGCCUGUCAAUUUCGAUCAAUUCUUCAACGGCGAGAAUCUCACCCAGCAAGACUUGGUGGUGUGGUUGAACUUGGGCAUGCACCAUGUUCCACACACAGGUGAUCUUCCUAAUACAGUGUUCACUACCGCACAUUCAGGUGUGCAGUUUAUGCCGCUGAACUACUUGCUGGGUGAUCCAAGUCGGGAAACGGUGAAUAUGGUCCGAAUAGAUUAUGAGGAUGGUAAUGUGUCUGCAGUUCACACGUUCGGCCAACACGACGAUCAGUGUGCAUUAGAUUUCACACCGGCCGAGUCCAGUUUGUGGGAUUACGUUGGUGACGUUGUGGUUAGGAAGUUCCCUUAUGAUCCAAAUGAUCCUUACUAUGAGACGGACAGCAUAUCCUAA